CAACCAAUGAUUUGACUCUGCGACUGCGAGCACGCCUCUGAUGAGGAGGCUCAGAUACGAAGUGACCUCUGGAUCAAACUCCCAAACCGAAUUACACGCGAGCUGAUGCGUGCGUUUAUAUCCCACCCCAUGAAACCACUUUCCGUAUGUUUGAUACACAACAAGCUUUUUCUGUAGUAGAUUCUCAGGGAGACCAUGAAUGUUUCUGCCCGUUCCCGAGAGCUCAGGAACCAAACGGAAGCGUGAUUAGGGCAUGCUAGAUUCCCCCAACCUCUCUGCUCAUCUGCCGGUGCCUCGCCGUAACGACGCCUCAACUCUCACUACCUCGGGCCUCCAACUGCUCCACCACCACCUCCUCCUCCACCGCCUCCUACUCCUCCUCGCCCCCCCCCGCGUUCUGCAGCCGCUCUCCACCCAGCAGGCGGUCGAAGGCGCCACGACACAGCCUCUCUCUUCACCCUACAGCCUCCGAAAGGGCUGGGGGAGGGUGACCGACGAGACCCGGCAGCACCGACCGAACCAGGCGUCCGGUGUGAACCCCUCCCCGAGUGGACCGGUGGCGGCGGUGGUGGUGGUGUCGGUGGUGUUGUCGUCGUGGUGGGGUUCCAGUCUCCCAGAGCCGGGGUGGAGGGCGUGCAGGUGAGUGGGCGGAGGCGGCGUCCCCUAGUGAUGAAGCUUCAGGCGGUGAUGGAGAACCUGCACCGACAGCAGCGCGCGCGGCUGCUGAUGGAGCUGGAGACGCAGCAGCAGCAGCUGCAGCAGGCGGCGGCCGCUCGCAACGCCGCCGCCGCCGCCGUCGCCGCCGGCGCCGCCGGCAACGGGGGGGGCGUGGCCAUGGAGGAGGAGAUGACGGUGAGCCCGGAGCCGGAGCAGGCGCAGAUCGCGGCGCUGGCGGCCAUGAGGGCGGUGGCGGCGGGGCUCCAGCGGGCGACCGGCAGCCCGCCGUCGGAGCGCAGCAGCGGGGGGGAGGACGAAGAGGAGGACGACGAGGACGAGGAGGAGGAGGAGGAGGGAGCCGGCCAGUACAAGGACAUGAUGGGGUCGGAGGAGGAGGAGCAGAUAAAGCAGAAGUGGGACGAGGAGGACUUCGAGGGGGAGAUGGAGGAGGACUUCGACGAGGCGCUGGAGGAGGAGGAGGAGGGCGGCGGUCGCAGCCUGCCCACGGGCCGGGACGCCGUGGCCCCGGGGAAAGGCAUCCUGCUGCUGCCCCACCGCCAGCUGCACCCCCACAGCCAACUGCUGAAGGCCCGGCCCUACGUGGACCAGGAGCCCCGCGUGCUCAUCCUGCCCCCCCAGGCCGCCGCCGCCGCCGUGGCCCAGAUGACGGGCCAGGACCACGGGGACUGGACCUACGAGGAGCAGUUCAGACAGCUGUACGAGCUGGACGGAGACCCCAAGCGGAAAGAGUUCCUGGACGACCUGUUCAGCUUCAUGCAGAAGAGAGGGACCCCGGUGAACCGCAUCCCCAUCAUGGCCAAGCAGGUGCUGGACCUGUACAUGCUGUACCAGCUGGUGACGGAGAAGGGCGGCCUGGUGGAGGUCAUCAACAAGAAGCUGUGGAGGGAGAUCACCAAGGGGCUGCACCUGCCCACCUCCAUCACCAGCGCUGCCUUCACCCUGCGCACACAAUACAUGAAGUACCUCUACCCCUACGAGUGUGACAAGCGGGCGCUGAGCAACCCCAACGAGCUCCAGGCGGCCAUCGACAGCAACCGGCGUGAGGGCCGCCGGCAGAGCUUCGGCAGCUCGCUCUUCACCUACUCCCCCAAUGGGACGCCCACCAUGCUGUCCUCCCCCAAGGUGCCCGGCCACGGGCAGGGCCACGUGCACGGCCACGGCCACAGCGGCGGCGGCCACGGCCACGGCCACGGCCACGGCGGCAUGCCCCUGGGCACCAACGGAACCUCGCUCACCCCCAUCCAGAAGAUCAAGACCGAAGAGGAGGCGGGCCAUCCUCUGUCUGGGUUCGGCGCCAUGGGUCGGCUGACCGGCAGCCCGCUGGCGAGGCACUCCAUGGCGGCCAUGCAGGCGGCGGCGGCGCAGGCCACCAUGGCGGCGCAGGUGGCGGCACUGGAGCAGCUCCGGGACAAGCUGGAGGCCGGGGAGCCGCCGGAGAAGAAGAUGGCGCUGCCCGUAGAGGAGCACCAGCGGCUGAUCCAGAGGGCCCUGCAGCACAACCUGCUGGCCAUGACCGCGCAGAUGCCCAUGAACGUCCGCAUCAACAACCAAGAAGGCAGACAGGACUCCGCCCUGAACCUCACCACCAGCACCGCGAGCAGCAUCAGCAUGUCUGUGGAGCUCAACGGAGUCGUGUACACCGGUGUCCUCUUCGCCCAGGGCGCGGGCCCCGCCCUCACGGGCCCUUCAUCCCUCAGCAAAGCCAUGGGGGGCCGAGGGGGCCCUCAGCAGCUCCCGACCACGCCUACCUCAAGCAAUCCGUCGUCAUAACAACCCCGGAGCCCCCCCCGCCCACUUUGUAACUAUUAAGCUAAAUCAAGCCAAAAACCAACCUCAUUUUUUCUACAUAGUGUAUGCCAAAAAAGGAAAAGAAGAAAACCACACACUCAACAUAAAGACUCCAAACUGAAACUCAGACCACUUUACAUACCCUAUCUCUCAGGUUAUAUCACUAUCCAUCGGUUUCUUUGUGCUACAGAACCCAACGGGAAUCCAAAGAAAGAGCCAGUAUAUGAAAAAAAAAAAAAAAAGAUAUAUGCACAACAUGUGAAUAAUAUAUUUCUACAUAAAUGUACAUAUUACAAGAGAAAUGAGGUUCUAUCGAGGAAGGGUAAUGCACUGUUUACACACAGACUAACAGACACGCACACAUAUAUACAACCCCACCAACAGACACUCACACACACUCAGCUACUGACUGACAAUAAUGUUUGUCCUCUCAGAUAUUUUUUUCUUUUUACAAUAUUAUUGUUUUUAUUAAUAUUAUUAUUAUUAUUGUUAUUCUUGUUGGAUAUUAUUGUAAUCUUUAACAAUUCUUACUGAAAAAUAACUACACAUUCCCCAAUAUACUUGGGGGGUUUUAUUUAACAAAGAAAAAAAAGGAGAUUAUCAGUAUCCUCUAUUUUUAAUCAGAAGGAAAGCUUUAAAAAGUGUAUGUACUUUUUAUUCAGGGCAUAUAUAAUGAAUUACCGUCGUGACCUCAUAUUGUGUGAAACAAUUGCUUUUGCAUGGUGCAGCUGGAAUGGUUGAAUCAGCCCCUCCUCCAAGAUACAACAUUUGAUAUAUUUUCUCUGAUGCUACUGGGAAAGCCAUAAAGCAGUCCUCCUCUUGACUCGAGAGCUUCUGGUUCCUGCUUCCAGAACCAGAAUUCUUCCCUCGGCCUCGAUCCGGGUGUUUUCUCAGACGUCAACGUCUCGCUAACGCUUUCAUCCACCAACCCACGGGUCCCCUCCCCACAGCGCCAUGGCAACAAGGGUUGAUCAAUAACCCCGCCAUUACGAGCCUGUGCGUCCUGCUCGUUAUGUCCUUCACCGCACAAUCACCGCAGUCCCCCGGUGUUUGGUUUCUGUUCCUUCUGAGGCCUUAGCUUAGCUUAGCAUAGCAUAGCAUAGCAUAUUACGAGAUGAGUGUGCACAGUAUACCUCUUCUCUUAUCAUGCUUACAGGAAUGACUUGGUGUUGCUAUUUUUAUUUUUUUUGGGCUUUAUUACCAAUUGUGUGGCCAUUACAACUGCUGACAGUGAAACAAAAUGAAAGUUACAUUUUGUUAAACCGUGACUGGUGACUGUAUCUCUCUGAUUAGCUAUGAAGCUACUAAAAAUAGCCAUAGUCUAACCAACUUUUUUUUAUUAUCUGGAAAUGUCGUCUGCUUAAAGGUUGCUGGUUAAUGUAUCAGUGCUCGGAGCCUGUCGACAAACCCUCUCAUAACUUCACUCCCAUACUCUCCUGCACAGAGGCAUAUGUGGUCAUGUAACCUUUUUAAAGUGGGUCAACGUUUUAAAGUUUACAUGACUUGACAACAGGACCUUUUGCUUCCUGAUCAUUUGAUUGUUUCGGUUUGUACAAAUUCUUAUCAUUCGUUUUGGCGCUAUCAUUUUCUGAAAUAGGGCUAUUCGUCUGAAUAGGUUUCUAGUUUCAAGGUUUGCAGAUAGAAAUUAGUCCUUUUCUGGCACACAGAGAUGGAUAUCAACGUAUUUUAAAACUUGUAGAUGCCUCUAUUCUGUGCAGAGUUUUGCAAAUGAGCGUUUUUCUGAUGACAACUAAAUGUCUGUACUGUCUUUUCUCUGCAUGACAUCCGCCUUUGGGUGGGCGGGUGACGUAUCCAAAGCACCACUGUGUGAGGACUUGGCUUGGUUGUUGUUUUUUAAGUAUGGGUUGCCUUGAAAUGCGCAUUUUCAGCUUUUUUAUUAUGUGUUGUUGUGUAUGUUUUUACUCAAUUUGCUGAAUGCAAUCAGCCACUACCUGUGAUGGUCAAAUGAGACAUCAUGGUGAACUACAAUGAUCAACGGAAAUCUAAUGUAAUCUAAAUCUCUUUUUAGUCACCGUUACCUUCCCUCGCUCUCUCUCUCUCCCUCCGCUUUCCCUGACACAGAUGUCACAGCUCAGCUCCAGUUUGGGAAAAUGGCUGACAAUCAAAGCAAGACAUUCUGUCGUGGCCGUUGAAACACUGAGUGGCCUAUAAAGGGGUUUGGGGGUGGUGGGGCAAAAGGGCAGGAAGUACGCACGGACAAUUCAAUCAAUCUCCAAUCUAAAGGGUCAGCAGUUUGGUUUGAGAUUGACCCCAUGACCUUUAAGGCCCCCCC